ACCCUAAUUAUGAGGAGGAAGUAAAUUAUGACUUGCCAGAAAAUGCCACUCCAUUAGAGCAGGUUAAAUAUGAUAUCUGCCAGGCUAUUUUGGCCUAUCAGCAAGAUAAUAAAUUGCUGGUUGAGGAAGUGGCUCGGCAGAUUAAAUUGACUGUCCCUGAAACCAAAGACAUUUUUUUUGCCAAAAUUAAUAAUUUUACCUUGGAUCGUCUAAUUAUUUAUGCCGGCCGGUUAUUUUCUCCCCAAGAAAUUAAAGUAGUAGUAGGAGACAAAGCCCUGAAAAAUCUUGAGAUAGAAGCCAUUACUAUUACUGAUUACUGGUUAACUAAACCCGGACGAGAAAAAAUUACUAAAGAAUUAAUUUGUCAAUUAGUAGGGAAGUUGGACAAAAAAAGAUUGUGA